AUGUAUGGCUAUAUCAUCGGAGCAGACAAACUUGCUAGUGUUCCUGAAACCAAAAUCAGAGUCUCAAAACAUGGGAAGGCAUUUAGAGAACGUGACAGUGAUUCUAUGGAGGAAAAUCUGCAGACUUGGCCGAGAAUGAAUCUACAUAAGGGAGACGCAUUUGGCUGCUGGGCCGUAUUGUUCAGCAUAACCUAA